UCAGGCAGGCAGCUGCCAGGAUUAAAGACGCUCCAGCGCCCCGCACUUCCCCACCGCUGAGAACUACAGCAACGAUGAAGCUGACAAGCUGGUGCUGGCUGAGCUCCGCUGUCUUGACCACGUACGGUUAUUUGGUUCUGGCACACAACGAAACGAAGGAAAUGAAAGAUGAAGCAGCCAAGGACACCUGCCAGGUGAGACUAGAGAGCAGAGGCAAGUGUGGGGAGGAAGAUGAGUGCCGUUACCAGGUAAACCUGCCCCCGCUGACUCUUCAGCUCCCAGGACAAUUUAGCAGGAUGGAAGAGGUGUUCAAAGAAGUUGAGAACCUCAAGGAAAUGAUGAAUAGCCUGAAGAAAUGUUGCCAAGACUGCAAGCUGCAGGCAGAUGACAACCAAGAGCCCGGAAGACAGGAACCGCUGUUACCUAAUACAGGAGCCCCAGGAGCGGCAGCUCCUGACAACAGGGUGGGGGAAUUAGAGAGCCAGGUUAACAAGCUCACCUCUGACCUAAAGAUUGCAAAGGAAGAGCUCGAAAGGCUUCAGGAUCGCCUGGAGAAGCUGAAUCUGGAGAACAUUAACAGCAUAGAAAGUUAUGUUGAUAGUAAAGUGGCGAAUUUGUCUUCGGUGGUCAAUAGUUUGAAUGGCAAAUGUUCCUCUAAUUGUUCCAGUCAAGAACAAAUACAAUCUCGUCCAGUUCAGCAUCUAAUAUAUAAAGACUGCUCUGAGUACUAUACAAUAGGCAAAAGAAGCAGUGAGACCUACAGAGUGACACCGGAUCCCAAAUAUAGUAGCUUCGAAGUUUACUGUGACAUGGAGACUAUGGGGGGAGGCUGGACAGUGCUGCAGACACGACUUGAUGGAAGCACCAACUUCACCAGAACAUGGCAAGACUAUAAAGCAGGCUUUGGGAACCUCCAAAGAGAAUUUUGGCUGGGGAAUGAAAAAAUUCAUCUUCUGACCAAGAGUAAGGAAAUGAUUCUAAGAGUGGAUCUUGAAGACUUUAAUGGUGUCAGACUCUAUGCCUUGUAUGAUCACUUUUAUGUGGCCAACGAGUACCUCAAAUACCGUUUACACAUUGGCAAUUACAAUGGCACAGCUGGAGAUGCCUUACAUUUCAGUAAACAUUACAACCACGACCUGAAGUUUUUCACAACCCCAGAUAAAGACAAUGAUCGUUAUCCCUCUGGGAACUGUGGACUCUACUACAGUUCAGGCUGGUGGUUUGAUGCAUGUCUUUCUGCAAACUUAAAUGGCAAAUAUUAUCACCAAAAAUACAGAGGUAUACGUAAUGGAAUUUUCUGGGGCACCUGGCCUGGGAUGAGUGAGACACAGCCUAAUGGCUAUAAAUCUUCCUUCAAAGAGGCUAAAAUGAUGAUUAGACCUAAGCAGUUUAAGCCUUAAAUCACUAUGCUCAUUCAGUGGGCAUUAAUGAUCUUAAUAGGUCAAUUAGCUCCUUCAGCACUUUGGAAUAUGUUUCACACUCCUUUACCUAUGGCAAAAAUUUACUCUGAGCAAUGAAAUCUAUGCUACACAGUAUUACAAUGAAAUGAAGCCAGACAGAUAGGACAGUGGGUAAGGGUCUUUUGUACACACAGCUGACCCAGGUUCUAUCCCUGGCAUCCCAGAUGGUCCCCCAGCACUAUUAGGAGUGACUCCUGAGUGCAAAGACACAUUG